AUGAAUGAAGAAGAAGAAAUUCCAUCUGUCAAAAAAGCAUUAUCAGAAAAUUUAAUUAUUCAAUCAAUUUUAAAAUAUUUUGAUAGUUUAACAGACUUACAAAAUGUUUCUUUAGUUAACAAAUUUUUGUAUGAAGAAGUAAUGAAAAUUCAGGUACCUGAAUGUAUAAUAAAACCUUCAAAUAAAUUAGAAAUAAAUUUUGACUAUACCUAUGAAUCUCAUUUAGUUGGAGAAUUUUGUGAAGAAAAAGAAAGAUAUCAAUAUUUUGAUGAAAUAUAUAAAAAUUUAUCUUUAUACUGUAAAGAAGAUUUAUCAUUAACUAAAGAAAUAAUUAUCUAUUAUGCAUUUAAUAUUGGGGAAAAUAAUGUAUCUGUUCUGGAAGAACUUGGAAAAGAAGGUGCAAAUUUUAUUGAUAAAAUAUUUGAUUUAUUUGAAAAUGCUGAAUGUUUACAAUUUAUUGAUAACUCAUCUGAGAAUGAAGGAGCAUUAUUAUCAUUUAUUAUAAAAGAAUUGAAAAGUAAAAAAAUUAAAAUUAUUAAUGGUAUUGAUAUUAAUUCAUUGGAAAAAUUUUUUCUUUAUUAUGAUAAUAAUGAUGAUGAUAAAAAUGAAAGUUGCAAAAAUAUUUUUUAUAAUAUUACUAAUUUAAAAGCUCUUUCAUUAAAAAAAUGUAACAACAUUGAAGUAUGUAAUAUUGAAAGAUUAAUUAAUAGUUUAAUGAACAAAGAUGUUAUUGUUAUUAAAUUAAAUAUUUUUUUUAAUGAAAAUAAUAUUAAUUUUUUAAAAAAUAUUAUUUUAUCUAUUCCUAACGAUAGUGAAAUACAAUUUGAUUUAAUUUUUGAUGAAGAAAUGUCUUUAGAAAAGUUAGAAUAUUUUAUGGAGUCAAUACCAGAUGAUUGUUAUGAUAAAAUAUGUUCUAUUACUGCAACAUGUAAAACAAUUGAAGUUAUAAAAAAAUUAAAUGAUUUAAUAAAUAAUUUAAUUGAAUUAAGAUCCCUUCAUCUUAAAAUAAUGUUUGUUAAUGAAGAUUCAAGGAUGUUUGAUGAAUUAAUCCAAGGAAAUGGUCAUUAUGAAUAUAUAAAAGAAAAUUUUUCUUUAAUUGAAAUUAAAAAAAAUAUAAAUAUUAAGAAAGUGUCAAUAACAUUUAAUGAUGCAAAGUCAAUGUUUACCAAACAACAAAUAAAUGAUAGAGAAAUGGCCAAAUAUUAUUUUACAAAAUCAGUUUUAUCUUCAACACCUUUCAUUGAGACAUUAGAAUUAGAUAACAUUCAACAAACAGAUAAAUUAGCAUCUGUAUUAGUUGAUAAUAAUAGAAAAUUAACUAAUCUUCUUCUUUAUAAUGUUAUGUUAUCAGGUAGAUGUUUAACUGAACUAAAAAGUGUAAAAUUUUUAUUUUUAUCACCACCAAAUUUAAUUCCAAUUCCAAAUUUUAUUGAAUUAUUAAUUGUUGUAAUGAAGAAAGGAACAUAUAUGUGUGGUGUUGAUUCAUCCCAAAGAAUUAUUCAAUUAUCAAAUGAAGAAUUACAACUAAAAUUAAAGAAAAGAUAUAAAUUUAAAUAUGUAUCAAAAAUAAUUAAUGAAAAUAAAGACACAUACUUUCUUUUCUUUAAUAAUCCACUUUUUUUUAAAAAGUAUUUGAAGAAUAAUGAUAUUACAAUUUAA